AUGCACAUUCUGGUCACAAACGACGACGGUCCCCCGUCGAAUCAGUCCUCACCCUACGUUCAUUCCCUCGUUCACUCGCUGCAAGCCGCCGGCCAUACUGUCUCGGUCAUUCUCCCCACCAACAACGAUCAUGGAUCGGAGGAUGGGACAACACACCACCUACCGCGGGGUAGCGACGGCGAGCCCGACGAUGGCGGGGACGAAUGGAUUUUGAUCGACUCCACCCCGGCAAGCUGCGUCCAGAUCGGGCUUUAUCACUAUUUCCAGGAACGAGGACCGAUUGACGUUGUCGUCUCGGGCCCGAACUAUGGGCGCAAUACUACGGCGCUGUUCGCAUUGUCGAGUGGGACUAUUGGUGGUGCCAUGGAGGGUGCUGUCUGCGGCAAACGAGCAAUUGCCUUGUCAUAUGCUUUUAGCUCGCGCAAUCAUGAUCCCGUGGUGAUCGCCGAGGCUUCGACUCACUCAGUCAAGUUGAUCGAGUAUUUGUGUGCUAACUGGGCCGAUGGCGUUGAUCUCUACAGCGUCAAUGUGCCCUUGGAGCCUGGCGUGAGCCAGAAUAAGGUCCUCUAUACUGACAUGUUGAUCAACAAAUGGUCUUCUGGAAGUUGUUUCCAGGUUGCUGACCCAGCUGCUGCGGAUGAUCCGGAGCUGGAUGAGCAGCGGUUCCGCAUUGCCAGUGAGACUACAGGCGAGGAGCCUGCUCCUGCUAGCGAGCCCACGAAGACAAGAUUCCAACACAAGCACUUUAGAUGGGCGCCGAGUCUUCAGGAUGUCUACCGUAGUGUUGAGGAGAAUGCUCCUGGAAAUGAUGGCUGGGCUGUUAAGGAACAGAUGACCAGUGUCACGCCUCUGAAAGCUUGCUUUAUGCAUGCGCCCGGUUCCACUGGGGAAAUCAAGCUGUCAGAUAAAAAGCCUUCGCAAAGGCCCACGGUGUACUCCAUCGUUGACUGCGACGAUCCUUAUGUCCAAGAUCUCGUGCAGAAAGCAUUAACCCGCCGUCUUGGUGAUUCGGUUGAUCUUAGAGCCGUUACAUCCUUGGAUGAUCUGCUAGAUCGCGCAGCGCCCGUCUUUCAAUAUCGCGAAUACGAGCGCAUCGAAUUCGAACACGUCCUUGUCCGGCCCACGACCUCUCUCGCAAACGCAUACAUCAUUCGCAAGGCUCUCAUCCGCAAACAUUACCUCUCCAACACGGUAGCCAACUGGAUCUCCAAAAACCCAGACAGUACUCUGCAGAAACACUUCAAGCCCGCAUUUGACUUUGAGCUUGACUACGCCGAAUUCCUCGACGAUGCCCUGCUGGAAGCAUACGAGCUGCGAGAGAGUCUGGACAAGAAUGAAGAACGACCCAACUCGGAGAAAGAAUGGUGGAUCCUCAAGCCCGGCAUGAGUGACAGAGGCCAAGGCAUUCGACUUUUCAACAGCGAAGACCAACUCCGCGAGAUCUUCGAAGAAUGGGAGGAAGAUUCCGACGACGAACAAAGUGGGUCGGAGACCAAAGAGGACGAGGAAGAUGAAGACGCGGCUCACGACGCAGGCAUCGUCACCUCUCAACUGCGCCAUUUCAUGGCCCAGCGCUACAUCGACCCCCCGCUGCUUCUGCCCUCGUCUUCGAAUCGUAAAUUCCAUAUCCGCACAUAUGUUCUUGCAACGGGUGCGUUGAAGGUCUAUGUCUUCAAGGAGAUGCUGGCUCUUUUUGCUGCGAAGCCUUACUGCCCACCCCACGAGGAAGAGGACGAGGUCAUGGAUCUUGCGCGCCAUCUCACAAAUACAUGUUUCCAAGAAGGCGGAAGCUCAAAUGAGGGCAGUGUGCGCCGAUUCUGGAACCUCGAUCACCAUGUUCCUGGCCUCACCGCAGACUGGAAGGAGAAGAUCUUUGACCAGAUCUGCAAUGUUACCGGCGAAGUAUUCGAAGCUGCUGCGCGGGGCAUGAUGGUUCAUUUCCAGACCUUGCCUAAUGCGUUCGAGUUAUUCGGUGUUGAUUUCUUGGUUGAUGCGGAUGGAAACGCGUGGUUGUUGGAAUUGAAUGCGUUCCCUGAUUUCGGUCAGACUGGUGAAGAGCUAAGGGAGGUUGUUGUUGGAAGGCUAUUUGAAGAGAUGGUUGAUGUUGCUGUCAAGCCAUUCUUCGGGCUUGGAGAGUCUAUUGGGACUAUUGGGAACGGAGACAUGAAGUUGGUGAGGGAUCUGGAUUUGGGAAGGAAGGCAUAG